AUGGCCUCCAUGGCGGCUAAUAAUGACCAACAAACAUCGCAGCCCAUCUGCCAGAAUUGUCAGACCUCAACCACUCCUCUGUGGCGUCGCGAUGAGUCCGGCGCGGUCCUCUGCAACGCCUGCGGCUUGUUCCUCAAGCUGCACGGCCGGCCAAGGCCCAUUUCCCUCAAGACAGACGUUAUCAAGAGCCGCAACCGCGUCAAGACCAUGCGCCCGGGCAUGGACAUGAAGAAGAAGGUGCGCGACCCAUUCUUCUGCCUACCUAACAGAACGCUUCUCGAGUCCGGCGAGGCUAAUGUUCCGUUCCCUCCCUCCCAACAGAACCAGGCUGUCGCCUCUGAUGCCAACGUCGCUGAUCUCCAGGCCCAGAACGCUGCUGCCGCUGCCCUCGGCGUGCGAAGAACCUCGCAAAAGGCUGGCAAUGGCCACAUCGACGACACCAACUCUCCCAUAUCGCGGACCGCGACCCCAAACAUGUACGCCGGACACAUGCUGUACCACGGCCUCGAUGAGCACCACCUGCAGCAGCCCUUGUCUGGCUUUGGCGUCCCAGGUCCGGGCAACGGUCGCGUGCCCUCUCCUAUGAACGGUGAGGGCGUGCCACAAACGCCCGAGGAACUUCUCGCCCUGAACUCGGGCCUGAAGACUCGCAUCGACGAGCUGGAAGUCAUCAACGACUUGAUCCAGCGUCGCCUUCAGCACUACGAGACCUACGGCAGCGGCGCCGGCCCGGCUGCUGGUAAUGGACUUGACGGAGGUCACGAUGCCGCGCAGACCGAGGCUCAGCUGCGUGCUCAGCUCGAGUCGCUCGCGGCAUCGGAAGCCCAGCUCCGCUCUCAACUUGACGAAAGCCACCGACGAGAGAACAGCAUGAAGCGACGACUGGACGAGAUGGAGCUGGAGCUGAAGGGAGGCAAAGGAGUCACUCGAGAGGACCUUCUGGCAGAGGCGCCCACGGAUGCUACGGCUGAGAUACCGACAGAGCUUCCUACAGACGUUGUGCAAGAGAUCGCGCCGGAGGUUGCCACAGAGUCUGCACCAGAGCCCGCCACCGAGGCUGCUACUGAGUCUGCGGCCGAAGCUCCGGCCGACGCUGUCACCGAGGGUGUCACCGAGGGAUCGGGCGAGGCACCGAUGGAGGCCCCCAUGGAAGCUCCCAUGGACGUGCCGAUGGAGACGACCACAGAAAUACCUGCACCCACAGAGGACCCUGCAGAGGCUUUGCAGGCCGCAUCAUAA